UGGAGAACGCCAUGAGGAGGCUGCUGCUGAUCCUGCUGUGUGGGCUGGCCUGGGCUCUGGCUGCUCCACCACAAGACAAGGGUCUGGUCAUAAACCUGGAUAACGGAGAGCUGUGCUUCAUCAGCAUGCAGUGUAAGAGCUCCUGUUGCCACCGCAGCAGUGGGGUGAGCCUGUCCCGCUGUGCCCCCCAGGCAGCCGAGAACCAGGAGUGCUCCAAGAAGACCCUGUACGGAACGUACUACCGCUGCACCUGUGAGAGUGGACUGUCCUGUGAGGGAGACUUCUCCAUCGGGGGCUCCAUCACCAACACCAACUUUGGGAUCUGCAAGGACCCCAGGGGGGAGGCUAGCACCGCCUGACUCCAGGGCGAGAGAGCAGCGUGAAGUACCAUCUCCAACCAUGCCAGGAACAAUAAAUCUGGGCCUCAAUGCC